CUUACUCGAGUUUGUGUUACAGUAUGUAGCUCGCGGCAAAUACGAUAUAUAUAAUCCGCACGCAUGUACACACGGUGCAUGCAUGCUGCCUGCCUGCCACAGAGCGAGAGAGAACAGUCUCUCUACAUCCAGAAAAGCCCCGACCACCAACGAGAGCAGUCACCACACCACGGAACAUUUAUUUUUUUUUUUUCGUUAUAUUCUCUCUCUGGUGCUCGUGCGUUGCGGUUGGUUGGCUAUAUACGCUAACGUUGUGUACUAGAAUACUACUGCGUGUGUUGUGCAGAAUCAGCAGUAGCAGCAGCCCCCAAGAGAGACGAGCGAGCGACCUGCAAGGCUCAUUCCACUUGCGAUCGUACGUCGGAGCGGAUCUAUUUUUCUAUACUCUCGCUCUGUCUCGAGAGAUAGAGAGAUAGGAAGAGAGUCCACGACGAUUUCGAAAAAAAGAAAAGCCAUCGUUCAAUUUUUUUUUUUUUGUAACGAAAAACGCGAGUGUGUUUGAUCAACGGUUGGAAAAGCCAAAAAAUUUUCGCACAUCCAACGACAGUGUAAAACUCGGAAGAAGCAGAAAGAAAGCCCAGAAAUCUACCAACAGUAGUAUUGUAAUAACAGUGUGCUCCGUAUAGUGGCAUAAGUACCAGCAGCGGAGAUAUACGCAAGAGAAUCGCGCCGCACGCGUUCGCUGCGUGAUCGGGCCGCGCGCGCUCUCACUCCGUAUAUAUAUCUAGUGCGUGCCGAGUAUAUACGGAAUUUUCUACGUUUAUUAUACUACUAUCCGCCACGGCGCGAGGUCGACGCAGCUAAAAGUGAAGUUUUUCUCUCUAUCUCUCUCGAUUUCACUCGCACGCAUACACGAUAUCGAGAUCGAUAAUAUAUAUAUAUUGUUAUUAAUUUAUAAUAAUAAUAUAUAAAAAAAAAAGUUGGUGCUUCGUUCGUUUCGGAGUUUUGUGCGUCGGAAGAAAGCGUAAGACAGACAGAAAAAAUGAAUAUGGAGCAGAACCAGGCACCGCUCUCGCCACCGGCUUCGCCUCCGCUCAAGACCUUCAACCACGAGCCUGCGUUGCAGCAACAAUCCUCGGCCUCGUCGUCGUCGUCGUCGUCGUCGUCGUCGUCCGCGACGUUCAGCGUGGAGGCCCUGUUGAGCGACAAAUUCGGCAAAGCCGCUCGCAGCCGUAUCGCCAGCGGCCAGCAGCAGCAGCAGCAGACCGUCAUGCUACUGCCGCCCACGCCUCAGCCGUCCGACUCCGAGGAGGACGAGCUUCCGCGCAAGCGUCGCUUCGUCGAGCAGCAGCAGCAGCAGCAGCAGCAGCAGCAAUGCGAACUCGCCAAGCUCUUGCUGGAUCACGGCUCGAGGAGCACACCUCCCCCUAGUCCGCAGCCCGAGCCAGUGGUAACCAUUCCACAACAACAGCAACAAUCAAAACCACAGCAGCAGCAGCAGCCUGAACGAAAAUCGGUAAUAAUGCGAGCCGAUUCGGCGGGCACGGUCAGCCGCGUCGAUAAUCUCGACGAGGUGACGCGGUACAGCUCGCUGCUCGGCAAGCGACGCCACUCCAGCAUCUACUACGUGGCCAGCCAGGAGAACAUCCUCAAGAGUCUCAAGUUCAAGAUGAGCUUGCGCAAGGAGGACAUCAUCGUGAACAACAAGAAUACCGAUCGCGAGCUCGAGGCCGCGGCUUCGAGCGAUUCCGAAGCAUCCAGCAGACGGACGCCGUCGCCGGCGAUCACCGUCACCCCUUCGCCAUCUCCGUCACUUUUUCAACAACAACAAGAACAACAACGACAACCACAGCAACAGAUACCCCGGGCGAUAGUCUAUCCGGUUCAAGCGAGUUCGCCGAUCGCCACCACCACCAGCGUGUGCUGCGGCAGCAACAGCAGCAGUGCGCACGUACAGACGAAGCAGCUGCAGCCGUUGGCGCCCAAACCGGCCCCGAUCAUGCUGCAGCUCGCCGGUGUCCUGCCCAGGGCGCCUCAGCUGCUCUUCGUGUCGGCCAACGGCCAGCCGAUACCCGCAGCCGCUCACAACAGCAACAGCAACAGCAGUAUCGCCAGCAACGACAGCUGCAGCAGCAGCUUUACCAUCGGUUCCUCGAGCUCCGCCGGGAGCUCCGGCAGCAGCAGCUCCAGCACCGGUAGCACGAGUACGGCGGUCGUCGACGGCUCGGCGCGCCGACGCGUCUACGAGUGCGAGCACCCGGGCUGCGGCAAGAACUACUUCAAGUCGUCGCACCUGAAGGCGCACAGGCGCACGCACACGGGCGAGCGGCCCUUCCCCUGCCCGUGGCCCGACUGCGACAGGCGCUUCUCGCGCAGCGACGAGCUGUCGCGCCACAAGCGCACCCACACCGGCGAGAAGAAGUUCGUCUGCGCGGUCUGCGACAGGCGCUUCAUGCGCAGCGAUCAUCUGGCCAAGCACGUCAAGAGGCACGUGCGCGAUCGUGCCGCGAGCAGCAGCAGCAGCAGCAGCGGAUCGUCCUCGACGCAGGUGUCCGCGGCGGUGCCGUCGACGACGACGACGACCCAGACGCAGCAAUUGCAGCUCAAUCUGCUGCCCUAUCUCGCGGCGUCCCAGCAGCAGCAUUUCGGUGUAUGAGCAUCGUGAGCGCGCUACCGCCGGAGCGUCGAAUAAAUUCAAUGAAGAAUUGUAUACGAUGGCAUCGCGUCGUAAACUAUACGGACUCGAUAUGAUAGUGCCGCGAACGCGACGAGAAUCGGAGGUGUGUGUCGUACCAUCCGUCGUCGCGUGUGCGCUGUUGUGAAUGGUUCGAUCGAUAGCCAAACGCGAGCCCAAAAGCAAAAUACGUGCCUAGUCGUAUAACGUAAGGAAUAUCCCCAGGCGGAGAUACGAAAAGGAUUCCGCGCGCUAAUUGCAAAUGGAAUUGUGCUUUGUCUUUUAUCAUAAAUAAUAGCAAUGACGCGCAUGGAUGUGCGCGUGUGCCGCGUCGCUCUCUCGGGAUUGCAACGUAUAUACGAGAGCAGAUAUCGUUGCUUGCGAAUAUCAUUAUUGAGACAGCAACGGCAAAAAAACAAACCAAGUACCUAAGUGUGUCUGUGAUUUUUCGCGAGUAAAAUGCAAAUGCGUGCGCCAUAUUAACGUUUCGAGGAUAUGUAAAAUGAUAUAUGAUAAAAAUACCACGUUGCAUUAAAUAAGUUCACCACUGAUGCAGACGACUAAAUGAGUCAGAGGAUGAUUAUCGAAAAUAUAUUUGUUUGUUGAAAAGAAAAAUUAAUCAUUCUUGCAUAUAUAGGCUAUUUAUAUACGUGUAUAUAUAGGGUACGGGAGAAAAUUAAGGGAUGUCUGCGUGACUGGCGAGUUGUUGUUGUUUUAUUUUAUUUUUAUUUUUCGUGCCUUUUUCCAUCGUGCCAUUAUCGCGAUAAUUUAGCAAUAAUUAAGCCGGCAUAAACGCGUGUGUAAUUAUUGUACAAAAGAGAAAAAAUGAUCCUAGUUUUAUUUGACACGAAAGUUUAUAACGUGUGUUGUACAUAUGUGCGGAGAGAGAGAGCGUACGAAAAAAAGAAAAAAAAAUUAAUCGUUUUGGCGGAAAUUCCAUAAAACGCGAUAACUAACGACGUUCUCUCUCUCUCCCUGUCUCUACGAUCGCAAAAAUCGGUCUCGUUUUUCGUGACUCGAGCAUUUCCCGUUUUUAUUUAUUUUUUUUUCAUACGUAAUGUAUGUGUAUAUAUUUAUUUUGUAAGUACGCGCUGACAAUUAUGCUGGCAAAUGUAAAUAGAUUUUGUAUUCAUAUUGUAAAUAACAUAAUGAAAUAAUUGAGAUGUAUGGCGAGUGAAUAAAAGAAAAAAACCGAAUUUGACAAUGCAACUGAGUUCGCAUUUUCAUUCAUUGUGUACAUAAACGAUAUAUUGAAGACAUUAAAGACACUUUUUACAAUUAACUCUCA